AUGGAUAAGGCACCUAUUGAGGCAUAUAUAAGGAUAAAACCUGGAGGAAGAGAGCUAAGAUACACCAAAACAUCUGUGGUUGCUGAUAGGGAAGGCGGGGAUGCGGUUGAGUAUGAGUUUGAUGGGGUUAUUGGGCCUGAGGCCACACAGUUGCAGGUGUUUGAGACGUUCAGGUCUGUUGUUCCUAGGCUUAUGGAGGGAUAUAACCAAACAAUAUUUUGCUAUGGCAGCACUGGGGCAGGAAAGACGCACACAAUGGUUGGCAAUAAGGAGUGUCGUGGAUUAAUGUUUAAUUUGGCGCAGGAGAUUCUGGAGCACGGCUUUUUUUUUGCCUCUUACAUGGAAAUAUACAAUGAAAAGAUAUAUGAUUUGCUAGAGCCAAAGGAGCUAGUUUUGAGGGAGUGCAAUAAGCUCAUAGUUGUGCCCAAUCUUUUUCUCAAAAGAAUUGAAAGCAUGAGUGAGUUUGAGAGUGUUCUGAAGCAAGGGAUAAAAAACAGGACAACUGCAGAGACGAAAUUGAAUAAGAGCAGCAGUAGAAGUCAUGGGAUAUUAAGGAUAUGUGUUGGGGAUAGCAAGCUGAAUCUUAUUGACCUUGCAGGAUCUGAAAACAAUAGAAAGACAGGCAAUGAGGGAAUCAGACUUACCGAAUCGAACAGCAUCAAUAGAAGUCUUUUUGUUCUUGGAAAUGUAGUGAAUGCCAUUCUGAAAAAGGAAAGCAGAGUGCCCUAUAGAGACAGCAAGCUUACAAGACUAUUACAGGAUUCUCUUGGAGGAAGAAGCCUAUGCUACAUCAUUGCAAAUGUGAUUGACGAUCAGUUGAAUAUAAGCGAUUCUAUCAAUACGCUGUGCUUUGCAUCGAAGUCAAGGAAAAUUGUUAACGGUGGAAUUGUUUGCAACAAUGGAGCGCACGAAGAUAAUUUUGCCGAUGUAGUGGGCAGAGAGAAUUGCUUAAGAAAGCCGCUGUCUGUAAAGACAAAUACAAGGUUUAACAUGAGCAGAGUCGAUGGAUGCAAGAAGAAUGGAGGAAUGGCAAGCGAAUGCAAGGCUGUGCAUCCAAAAAAAUGCAUAUUAUUGGAUGCUGGCAAGGAGAAGAUUAUGACGGCUGAAAAAGCUCUAUUUUCUUUGAAAAAGCAAGAUUACAGUGGCAAUAUAACCGUAAUCGAAGAUAAGGUCCGUAAUGUUAGAUGCUCUAGCAAAAGAACAAGGGGAAACGACAGCGGAUCGUUGAUUUUAAGGUCGUUUAUUGAUAAGCCAGGGAUUCUAUUGUCGCCAAGAACAAAGGAAAAGAGCUACAAGGCGUUUUUGAAAAGAGCGAGCGAUUUUGAAUCUGCACAUAAGUAUAGAUUGGCUUUGGAAGACUACAGAACAAUACAGAAGUUUAGCGACAAUGAGUUUGUUAGGCAAAAAAUAGAAAGCAUUGGCACAUUGUUUAAGAAGCCUAAGAGAAAGAUUGAAUUGACGAAAGAAGAUGUAUUAGCGAUUCUCAACAAAGGAAAUUUCUUUGAUAUAAAGAAGUUGCCGAAGGUCGGAGACAAACGAGCGCAAGCUAUCGUUGAUUUUGUGAACGAAGGAAAUCUCUUUGAGACAGUUGCUGAUCUAAAGCUUUUGUUUAGUACAAAGGUUGUUGAUUCUAUUCUGCUUUCUAUAUCAAACAGAUGA